AUGUCCAAGGUUAUGCGAAGCAUCAAAAAUGUGACCCAUGGGUACUCGAGCAUUCAGGCCAAGGUCCGCGAAGCGACCAGCAACGAUCCAUGGGGCCCGACCGGCACGCAGAUGAGCGAGAUUGCUCAGAUGACGUUCAAUACCUCGACCGAAUUCUAUGAGAUUAUGGACAUGCUCGACAAGCGCCUCAACGACAAGGGCAAGAAUUGGCGACACGUUCUCAAGGCCCUCAAGGUUCUCGACUACUGUUUGCACGAGGGCUCCGAGCUCGUGGUUACCUGGGCCCGCCAGAGCCUUUACGUCAUCAAGACUCUACGCGAAUUUCAGUACAUCGAUGAAGACGGGCGCGAUGUUGGUCAGAAUGUCCGUGUCGCCGCCAAAGAGCUCACAUCCUUGAUCCUCGACGAGGAGCGUCUUCGCGCUGAGCGAACCGACCGAAAGUCCUGGAAGUCCCGCGUUACCGGCCUGGAGGAGCACAUGCCCGAGCACAUGGGUUCUUCCUCGCAGCCCCAGCGACGGCCCAACAGACGCCCGCAGAACGAAGAAGACGACGCCGAAUACAGACUUGCGCUCGAAGCCAGCAGGGCUCAGGAAGAGGAGGAUCGCAAGAAGAGAGAAAGUAGACAGGGCGUCUCCGCCGACGACCCUGAUCUGGAAAAGGCGCUGAAGCUCAGCAAGGAAGAGGAUGAACGACGACGCCGCGAUCUCGAAGACCAGAAUGCAAACGCCCUUUUCGGCUUCGACGAACCAGCGCAGCCUUCGCAGCCCCAGCCCACCGGCCUCAACCAGGGCUACCAACAGGGCAACCAAGUCAACUUCAUGGGCAACCCCAUCGAUCAGAGCCAGAUGAUGGGCCAGCCUACAGGAUAUAUGCAGAACCCCUAUCAUACUGGCAUGGUGCCCAACCAGACCGGGUUCCCCAACUAUAACAACAACGGCUUCGGCAUGCAGCAGACAGGCAUGGGUAUGGAUCCAUACGGCCAGCAGCAGCAGCAGCAGCAGCAGUCGAUGCCUUCUUUCCAGCAACCCCAGCCCACAGGCUUCAACCCAUACGCACAACAGCAGAUGCAGCCUCAGCAGCCCACGGAACCUACGCCUCAGCCUGGUAGCAACAACCCGUGGGCUACCAACCAGUCUCAGCAGUCGCUGAAGCCUAUGCAGACUGGCUCGAACAACCCGUUCGCCCAGUUCAACAACCGUCCGCAGGCCUCGUCUCCCGUAUCUACACUUUCCGCCCUUCCGGAACAGAAAACUUUGUCUACCUUUGGCCAGCAGCAGCAACAGCAACAAUUCCCACAGGCGCAGCCUCAGCAGCCGCAGAUGAACUUUAACCAGUCUCAAGCCAGCCUCAACAAUCAGCCCAAGAAGGAGCUCAGCGACCACGAGAGCAGACUCAACGCCUUGCUAGCGUCUGGUGACGGCAUGGACACGUAUGGCAACACUGGUGAUAUCCGAAUUCCCGCGCAGCACACAGCCCCCGGCGUUUUUAUGAACAGUGCCGGCUCUGGUUCCGCGAGACUGCAGCCCGAUGCCACGGGCAACAACCCGUUUAUGCGCCAGCAGUUUACAGGUAUGCCCAACAUCAACUACGGAGGACAGAACGGGACGGCCAGCCAGCCGCAAAACAACCCCUUUGGCGCGCAGCAGCAACCACAAAGGCAGGGACAGCAACCUGGCCAGGACCUGAUUCAGUUUUAA